AUGUUCGACAAAUUGAAGAACAAGCUCCGUCGCCAUAAGAGCAAAGGGAAGAAAGAUGAACCGAAGAAGCCUGCUGAACGCGAGCCGGAGAACGUGACCGAAGCCCCAGCUCCAACACCGGCACCGGUGCCGGCCCCCGCGCCAGCCCAGAAAGAAGCCCCGGCUCUCCCAGAUGCUUCGGCUACAGCCACACCGUCGGCUGGCAAAGGACCCAGCGAUGCAGAGCACACCCCCACUCCCGCCGAGACUUCAAAGGAGGCAGAGACUCCUGCCAAGGAUCUGUGGGCGAUUGCUCUCAAGCAGUUGCCCCCGGCCAAGCAGGAAAAGCUGAAGAGCCUUGGACUAGACAAACUCAACUCUGGCUCUGUUGAAUCGGAGAUCGAAGAUCUAGUUGGGCUGGUGAACCAGAAACAGGCUGAAUGCGAAAAGAAGUUUUGGCGGGUAUCAAUUGGAGACAAUGACAUCGUUCUCCGGAAUUACACCACCAAAAUUGUUGGAUGGUUGGAGAAGGCCGGAGAUAUCGCCAUUCAAUUUGCCCCGCCUCAAGCUAGUAUGCCAUGGUCUGUUAUCAAGUCUUUGAUGCAGAUUCCCGUGAUUGGUGAAGAACAAAUGGGAGCACUUCUCGGCACAACCGAAAGUAUCGUUCGAAUUGUUAGUCGCGGUCAGGUAUACGAGCAGGUUUACCUCGUCAAUAGCUCUGAAGAUGGGGGCAAGCUUUCGCAGGGUCUCGAAGGAGCCCUCAUCGGUAUCUACAAGACUUCUUUAGACCUGUUAGCCGACUCGGGCAGCUUGUUCUCACAGAACACAGCUAGACGGACUCUCGAGGCAAUCCUGAACCCGGGUAAUGUCUCAGGCGGUCUUUCGUCGCUUGCUGCACAGGAAGAUGAAUUGCUGCGUGACGUCCAAGCCUGUGAAACUCGCCGCAGCGCAGCAGCCGACGAUCGAAUGAUCGGAAUGUUGGAUUGUCUCAACACUCCACUGGUUCGCGUGGACGAAAAUGUGCAAAAGCUUCUUGACAAGACAGACGAAGAAGAACGAAUGAAGCUCCUGCAGAAGAUCUCACCCCUUCAAUUUGGAAAGCCCCACGACAAUGUGAGGGAGACGAGAACCCCUGGCACUGGCGAAUGGCUAUUGCAAGAUGGAGAAUUCCGUCGCUGGGAGGAGAGUACUUCCUCUGGUAUUUUCUGGCUUCAGGGAUCUCCUGGUACUGGCAAAACAUACCUCACAUCUAGAGUCGUUGAUCUCAUCAAGAACGAGCUUGAAGACCUACCGAGAAACGAGGGAUUUGCGUAUUUCUACUGCAACCGCAAUGAGAAAGACCGAGGUGACUCGCUCGCUAUCAUUCGCAGCUAUGUGCGCCAGCUUUCGACUUCAGCCAGCAACCCUCAGUCAGUGCAGAUCAAGCUGAAAGAACUCUGCAAAAAGGCCGAGGAGUCAGGAACCACCCUCAGCUUUGAUACUUGUCAGGAGCAAAUUGUGACUUCACUGAACCUUUACACGAAGACCACCCUUGUCAUCGAUGCAUUUGAUGAAUGUGAUCAAGAUUCCCGUGACAAACUGAUUGAGAUGUUCAACUCCCUGCUGGCGGAGUCAAAGAACACCCUCAAGAUUUACAUCGCAAGUCGUCCUGACCCCGAUGUUCAGCUUCAGCUUCAAGAAGAAGGCAGGACCGGAGUGACUAUUCAAGCAAGUCACAAUGCUCCUGACAUUCAGCGCUUCCUUGACCAGCAGCUGGAUAAGCUUGCCAAGAAGGCUGUUUUCAUUGGUCGUAUGAAGGGCAAGAUCGUUGAGAGGCUGCUCGAACGCUGCCAGGGAAUGUUCCAAUGGGCAUCCCUGCAAGUCCACCAGAUCACUAGAUGCAGAACCGAGUCAAAUGUAUGGAAGCGUCUGGACAACCUACCUGAGGAUCUUCAAAAGGCCUAUGAUGAGAUCUGGAAUGAGAUCGAGAGCCUCGGAGAGCCUGACAGCACUUUUGUCAAACGAGCUUUCAAGUGGGUUAUGGCUGCGAACAUGCCUCUGAACAGCAAUAUUCUUCUAUCGGCCAUUCGUGUGGGCGCACAGGAAGAAGGUGCUAUCUCAUCCGAUGAGAUUGAUGAACAAGGGUUGCUCUCCUUGUGCGGAAAUUUCCUCGUUGUUGAUCCCGAAUCGAAUUGGCGCUUCUCACAUCUGUCGGUCGUUGAAUAUUUGGAGUCUGCGCAUGGCUGGAGCUUGCCGCAAGCACACUGCCACAUCGCAAUUUCUUGUCUUUCUUUCUUCAUCUCCGCGUAUGAACAGGAAGAGUUCCCAGAUGUGGUGAAGGAGUUCUUUGAUGAUGACACCAUGUCUCCCGACGCAGAGGUCGAUUACUUUGGCAGUGAGAGAAAGUAUUCGUUGCACUUCUAUGCGAAGCACAAUUGGGUUAUUCACGUUCAUGCCGCACAGGCAACAGAGGACAGUGACCUUGCUGCGCAUCUGAAAUCUUUCCUUGGCGCACCUCAUGAAAGCAGUGCGCAGUACAAGAGGUGGUUUGAGCGGAUCCAAAGAGAUGGUAGCUUUGAUGAAGUUAUCAGAGACACCUCGCCAUUCCAGAUAUCAGGGUUUGAUGGAAACGACAUCACUCUUCGAGAGAUUGAUAACUCCUAUUCCGCAACAAUGCAAUGGUGCAGCGAAUUGGAUCCACCUGAUCGCCCUAUAUUUGCAAUGUGUCGGUUUGCGUUCGACGCCAUAUUGUCAGAGUGGUGGGAAAGCCCAUCCAUCGAUGUGUCUGAAACAAACGCCCAAGGACACAAUCUUCUCACUGUGGCCGCAAUCGCAGGAUCUGUCCCCAUCUGUCAAAGGUUGAUCGAGAAAGGAACGGACGUUAACCAAAAGCUUGGACCGUUCUUCGGUAGUGCAUUGAUUGCAGCAGCUUACUGGGGACAUACAGACGUUGUCAAGUGUCUUGUUCAAGCCGGAGCCGAUCCAAACAUUGCAUUGAACACCAAGGAUUUCGACAGUUAUGACGACGAUUAUGAUAGUGAUGGCGAAGUAGUUCCGAAAGAGGACGAUACCUACCGCUUUGAUUGGGAUGCUCCCAAUAAUGGCUGUUUUGACAGUGCACUCACUGCUGCAGUCACCUUGAAUCGCGCCGAAGUUACCAAAUACCUGGUCAACGAAGCAAAGGCCGAUGUGCACAAAAAGCUGAUCCUGAACGGUCAAGGCACUCUUCUUGAGAUCGCAUCCACUAAUGGAAAUCCGGAAAUCAUCAGAUGUCUGAUUCAUGCCGGCGCAGACGUAAACAAGCCACCACGAGACCCAGCACAGGGGAGAAUCGUCGAUCGAGUACUGGCCCAUGGAGACUUGGGUACUAUUCGCUUCGUCAUUGAGGAAGCCGGUGCUGACUUGCAUGCAUCUGCGCCGGGGCAUGACUUGAAUGUACUUGGCGGCGUGGCUAAGAACAAAAAGCUCGACAGUCUCAAAUACCUCGUGGAAAAAUGUCAUCUCGACAUUAACCAGGGAUCUCGUUGGACUACCCCCUUGAUAUCAGCAGUCGAAGGCGGUGAUCUGGAUUGUGUCCGCUAUCUCGUUGAACGUGGAGCCGACCUUCACAAGCUGUCUGAUAAUGAGGAAAAGAGUCCUCUCAUUCAGGCGGUGGAUUGUGACCAUCUUGACUGUGCUCGCUAUCUCGUUGAACAAGGAGCCGAUAUCAAUAAGCCAGUCCCACGAUUCACGGAUGGUAGGAUUCUGGCUGCGGCUCUUGAUUCAUACUAUCUAAAUGAAGAGAUGGUGAUCUAUUUCCUGGACCAUGGAGCCGAUGUCAAUCUGUUGAUCGAGGGUGAAACCAAAACAUUGCUUUCCGUGGCCGCCGGGAGAGGGAAUGCUGAGAUUGUCCGCCGAAUGCUUGAAAAGGGAGCCAAUGUCAACCCGCCGAAUGACGUGCCCCUAAUUGGUGCAGCUGUGAGCGAGAGCUUGAAAUGUGUUCAGUUGCUCCUUGACAAUGGAGCGGAUCCGAACUGGACUGGUGAAAGCCCCCUUGCCCGAGCAGCUUCAAAGGGCUGGACUGAGUGUGUUCAGCUGCUUCUCAAGGGCGGAGCGGAGGUAAAUCCAGCCAGUGGAAACCCUUUAAUGGAGGCAGCUGCCGAGGGUCACCUGGGGUGUGUUAAAAUCCUUCUCGAGGGUGGUGCAGAUGUUCACAGGUCAGCCAGUGAUCUUCACGGCAGUGUCCUCGCAGCGGCAGCAUAUGGGGGCUCAGCCGAGAUCACGAAGUUGAUCCUGGAAGCUGGGGCGGAGGUCAACGCUCAAAUCCCCAAUAAAGAUAAUGGCAGUGCCCUAUGUGCAGCUGUCGCAAGCUACAACACCAACGAGGCAACGGUCCGCUGCUUGCUUGAAGCAGGAGCUCAGGUUGAUAUGCUGCUUGAGAAUGGGGAAUACCCAUCUGCUCUAGCGGCUUCGGCGCACAGUGAUCUCUCGUUCGACAGGGAUGGCGCUAUCACCAAGCUCUUACUUGAUGCAGGUGCCAAUCCCAACUUGCAGCUGAAUCGCGAGGACUUUGGCAAUGUCUUGACAAGCAUAGUGGGGGCGGAUUCAUAUAGUGAUAAGAAGCCCAUUGUGAAGAUUUUGUUGGAGUCAGGGGCCGAUGCCAACACGAAGCUUGAGAGCGGCCGCUAUCCCAACGCUCUCGCUGCAGCCGCAUCGCGUGGAGAUGGUGACCUGAUCCAGCUACUGGUCUCCCAUGGCGCCGAUGUCAACGCGCAGGUAGGUGAUCAUGGUAGCAUCAUCACAUCCGCAAUCUCCUCUGGUACCUGCGAGGGUGUCAAGGUCUUACUGGAAAACGGUGUGGCUGCCAAUUCAUCUUUGACGGGCGAUCUGUCGGUCUAUGGCAGUUUUCUCACGUUUGCCGCGAUACUUGGGCAAGAGGACAUCAUUACCACCCUGAUUGAAGGUGGAGCAGAUGUCAACGCAACCCCAGUCGGGAAAUACGGGAGCGCCCUCGUUGCUGCGGCAUACUUUGGGCAAAAGUCAUGUGCUGAGAGGCUGGUGAAUGCUGGAGCGAAUGUUAACCUCCAACUCGAGAAUGUGCGCAUGCCUACUGCUUUGGAAGCCGCAAAGGCACCCAUCACGAAAGAGGACUAUUUGGAAGUUCACCCCAAGGCUGGAGAUCGACACCUCAAUUUUUACUGUGGUGACACACUGCCGGAGGAGAAAGUGGAAUUGUUGGAAUUCCUUGAGCAGGUCAACCAGGCUUGA